AUGUCGGGUAAGCAUACUGCUGCCGAUGAGGUCGCGGCGGCGUCAGAGAUCAAGCGGCUGCUGGCAGAAGAUUUGACCCCUUGGUACAAAAAGCCGAAUCUGCUUCAGUUGUACUUACUCCUCAUCCCUGCCGCGCUUGGGGUCGAAAUGACCACCGGCUACGAUGGGAGUGUCUUGAAUGGAUUGCAAGCUGUGGAUCUAUGGAAUCAGCACUAUGGAAACCCCCACGGGGCUAUCCUAGGUGUGAUGAGUUCAUCUCUCGCCAUUGGCACUGCUUGUGGAGUCCUCUAUGUGCCGUAUCUCAGUGAUCGCUUUGGCCGCAAGUUCUGUAUAGUAUUUGGUUCAACUAUCGUUGCUAUCGGCGUUAUUCUUCAAACCUGUUCCGUGAAUGUCGGCAUGUUCAUCGCCUCUCGCAUUGUGAUGGGUCUUGGAUCCCCCGUUUCCUUGGCUGGUGCUGCGCAAUUGGUGGUCGAGCUCGCCUACCCGAAAGAACGAUCCACAAUCGUGGGCUUAUUCCAAGCUACAUGGUAUGCGGGUUCGAUUGUCGCGGCGGGGGUCACUCUGGGAACCUAUAACUGGACUACCCACUGGAGUUGGCGUCUGCCCACCCUGCUGCAAAUUCUCCCCUCGUUAUUCACUAUUGCUUUCAUCUGGUUCGUUCCGGACUCUCCUCGAUGGCUCAUUUCCAAGGACCGCCACGAAGAAGCACUCCAAAUCCUGAUCAAAUACCACGCUGAAGGGGAUGCCUCCUCCACCUUUGUCGCGGCCGAGUUCCUGCAGAUCAGCGAAACGCUGCGUAAAGAGAAAGAAGCCUCAACCCGCCCAUGGAAGGAACUCAUCAGCACCAAGGCCAACCGGCGCCGUUUGCUUGUUGCCAUUUGUGUUGGAUUCUUCACCCAAUGGUCUGGCAACGGAUUGAUCAGUUACUAUUUGGCUAAGAUCCUGGCGAUGGUGGGAAUUACGUCACGCACUACCCAGAACCAGCUCAACGUAGGCAUCAACUGCUGGAACAUCGUCACUGCCUUCUGCUCGAGCUGGAUGGCGGGCUGGAUGAUGCGGCGCCGGCAACUGAUGAUCGCCUAUAUCGGUAUGACUAUCAUCUUCGCCUGCUACACUGCCUGUGCCGGUGUCUAUGCGGAGACCGCCAACAAAGCUGCCGGCAUUGCUGUCGUGGCGAUGAUAUUCCUCUUCAACGGCACCUACAACUUGAUGCAGCCAUUCCAGUAUCUAUACAUCGGCGAGAUAUUCCCAUUUAUUCAAAGGUCCAAGGGAGUGGCGGUCAUGCAGAUGUCGGUACGGAUUGCGGCCGUCUUCAACCAAUUCGUCAAUCCCAUCGGCAUGGAGAAUAUCCAGUGGAAAUUUUUCCUUGCCUACGUGGCCUGGUUAGUCAUCGAAACAACGACAGUCUACUUCUUUUUCCCGGAAACCCAAGGUCCCAGUCUUGAGGAAAUCGCCCUGGUUCUCGAAGGUGAUAAAGCUGCGGUCGAAGUGGUGGACAGCAAGGCACCCGUCGUGGAAUUGCGAGAAAGGGUGUGA